CAGAUCUCGCAACAAUGAGGCAGCCCAGCGAGACCUGGGCAAACCCGCAAUAUGGGGACCGGGAGCCCGGUGGCUCGGAAACGGGGCAAAUCAUCCGACAAGACUACCGAUCUAGCUCUCGUUGUGAGUUCUAUUAUAGUGUAAGUAGGGUCGUGCUGUGUUCGGCUGACGCAGUAUUCCCCGCUUGCGCUUGCUGAUGCUCACUGGCGCUCGCUGGUCAACUUGUUACUGUACACACAAAAUGCCCAGUCAUUCGGACGGCUUCUCGCCGCGCAUCAUAACUUGGAUCCCCCGAUCCUGCUUUGACCUUGGCGCAGCAUGAUUCGACUUUAUGCUGAGGAUUUGACCAGGCCGGACGUGAUCAUGCGUCUUUCGAAAUGUGAUGAUCGCCUUUUGAGGUCCCUGAUCGCGGUCGAUGGGAGACCCAGUGGGGAGCUGGGUAACCUGCGGACCAGGGGUAGGGC